ACCAAGUUCAACGUUACACUUCCGUUAUCCUCGCAGUUCACUUUAACUACCUGUGCGCUGCUGUAAACUCCAAACUGUUACUGCAGACGGCGUUUUAAGGAUCUGGCAGGUUCUUAGGAGUAUAUAUAUCUACUCACACAGUUUAAUUGAAUCGAAGAGGUAGGAAAAAUGGAGGACGAUAGAAUUCUAGAGAUAGAAAGGUAUCAAAUGGAGCAAAUACGCGAGCUUGAAUCGGAGGAAUUGCAAGUUGAAGAAGUCGAUGAAGAAUCAUCAGAUGAUGAAACAAAUUAUCGUAGUUCGGGGGGAGCAUCUGCAUCGGGUGAAUUUACUUAUAACACCUCUUUGGCUGCCUUACAUUCUUACCUUGGUGAUGUUGAAGAUACUCAUAACAGGCUGGCCUUCUUGGAUGGAGGAGCUGUCUUAAAGGUUCCUCUGUUCUAUCUUGAAGGAGUUGUUUUAUUUCCCGAGGCCACACUUCCUCUGCGAGUCAUUCAGCGUAAUUUUAUAGCUUCUGUUGAAAGGGCACUUAGGCAAGUUGAUGCUCCUUACACGAUUGGCGUGAUUCGAGUUUACAAGGAUACAAAUAAUGGAAGGAUAAAACUUGCAACCACUGGUACAACUGCUGAGAUUAGGCAAUACCGGCACUUGGAGGAUGGUUCGGUGAAUGUUGUAACUCGUGGGCAACAGCGUUUUCGUUUGAGGCGCCGCUGGGUGGAUGUGGAGGGAUCACCUUGCGGGGAGAUACAAAUCAUCAAAGAAGAUUUGCCAUUGAGAACACCCAAGGAAGCUGUUGGAAGAUUGACACCAUUAAGUAUCUUCCGUUCUGGUGUACAUAUUCAAAUACCACCGAUAAAUUGCUCUCGAGCUGACCAAUAUGGCUUUGGGAAUGAAAAUGAUUCGGAUGCAAUGUCAGAGGAAAGUUUUGAAAGUGAACUUUCACCCACAGAAAGGAGAUUGCACCAGUCUGUUCUUGGUUCAUGUGAUAUGCUGGACGACUCGACAACCAGCGAUGAUGAGAAUUUUAGAAGGUCAUUUGGCACAGGAAAAAAACAAGAGGCUGAUGGUGUAAGUCUCGCUGGUGGGAAAAGGUCUAUGCCAACACACAACACAUGGAAAAAGCAUUCCUUAAAUCAGUUUCGUGAAGUUCCUAGGGCCUUUUGGCCCGGUUGGGUUUACCAGAUGUACGAUUCAUACUCUCUUGCUCAAAGGGCAGCAGGUCGAUGGAAACAGAUAGUCAGGGCUCCAAGCAUGGACAGCUACGUAAUGAAGCCAGAUGUCCUUUCAUUUCAUAUUGCAAGUAAGAUGCCCGUGUCCGAAUCGACAAGGCAAGAGCUUUUGGAGAUUGAUGGAAUAUCCUAUCGAUUGAGACGGGAAAUUGAAUUACUUGAGAAUUUUGACUGUGUUCGGUGUAGAACUUGUGAGACUCUAAUUGCCAAACGGAGCAAUAUGUUGGUGAUGUCCAGUGACGGCCCUCUCGGUGCUUACGUUAAUCCACAUGGUUUUGUACAUGAGAUAAUGACACUAUUUAAAGCAAACGGGUUGGCUGUUAUUGGAAAUCCUGUUAAGGAAUACAGCUGGUUUCCUGGGUAUGCCUGGUCAAUUGCUGAAUGUGCCACUUGUGAAACUCAAUUGGGAUGGCUUUUUACUGCUACAAAGAAGAAACUUAAACCCAAAUCAUUUUGGGGCAUCCGGAGUUCCCAAGUUGCUGAUGAUUCGCGUUGAUGCUAUCAUGUUUUAUUUACUUGUAGGUAUUCCGUCCGCUGCUAUUGUAAAUUUUAAUGUUUUAAGAGCUUUUGUACUUCAAUAAUAGCACGCACUUAGCCUAUCUGAGUUGUAAUAUUUCAUUGUCUUGUUAACAUAUUAGAGCUUUGUCUGGGUAAAAGUUACUUUGACUUGUGGCUGGCAUAUCAGAGAUCAGUUUUGAGAGUUA